AUGAGCAACAAAAAGUGGGGGAAAAACCUCCUCUACGAUGAUUACGAGGACGACUUAGUGGACUACGACAAUUACGAUGAGGAACAUUACUCCGAGUUUGAGUGUCAAGAAGUAACGGACAUCCCCAAAGGGAAGGCACCUGGGAAGAAGUCAAAUCAGAAGGGGCAACCCGCAAAGGGGAAGAAGCCAAACCAGCAGGGCGAACCGGCCAAAGUGAAAAAGCCAAGCCAGCAGGGCGAGGCCACCCAAACGGAGAACCAAGAUGACACCCCUUCGAACGCCCUACAGAAUGAGAUGCAAGCGGACAGUCAAGGCAGCAGAUGCAUCAUGCUCAGCACGCUGAACAUCCUGGUGUUGGGCCACAUCGAUGCAGGCAAGUCCACCCUCCUAGGGGCACUGUUAUACAACUUAAACUACGUAAGCGAGCAAACAGUGAAAAAAUAUGAACACGUGAGGGAAAGUUCCAAGUAUACCUUCAUAUUAGACGAGGAGGAUGAUGAAAGGGAGAGAAACAUAACUCUUUUUAACAAAAAAAAAGAAUUCUAUAUAUAUUACACCAAGGGGGAAUUAGAACAAGCCUACAAUCGUGUGGUGAGCACUCAAGGGGGAACAAAAAAAGGGGACAGGACAUACAGAAACAGCCAAGAAGGCAUGGACGGGAACAACGUCCUGCAUUGUCCACACACGGACAAAACCAUAUUCACCGAAUUUUACAAAAACAAAACCAUACACGAUGAUGUGCUCUUUUUAAGGAAAGUAAAUAUCUUUGACACCCCGGGACAUAAUGAACUGGUGACAAAUUUACACACGUGGAGUUUUUUUGCAGACUCUGCCAUCCUAGUUGUAGAUGCAAAUAAUAUUUACAACAAAAAAAAUGAUGAGACGUAUAGAAACGUUUCUAUAUUAGAAGCAGUAGGAAUUUCUAACGUCAUUGUAGCGGUAAACAAGUUAGACCUGUUCGAUUAUGAUUCAGAAGUGUUCGAAGAUAUAUGUAAAAGGAUAAAAUCUUUUUUUCAGUGUGCCAAAAGGGAUAGUAUUUACAAUUUUGUUCUUAGUAAUAACUUCUACGUGAAGAGUGGACACUCGCAAAAAAGCCGUUCUGCUUCUACACAGAAUCAUGCACCAUUUGAACCCAAUUUAACAUUCAUUCCCCUUUCUGCAUACAAAAAUUUGAACGUGGUUAAAUUUGAACAAGACAAAAGACCAUUACUGAAUAGCACCUUUAGCUUAUACGAUGAAAUUAAGUACAUGAAUUUAAAAAAAGAUUUAUUUCGGCUAAAAGUGUGUGCGGAAUUUCUUAGCGAUAAAAAGACAGCUCUAACUACUUACUACAAUUUUGUCACUAACAAUAACGUAUUUUUGAAUAAUAUUUUUUACAAUUUUUGUCAACAUGGGAAAGGAGACAUAAGAAAUUCGAUGAAGAAAUCCUCAAAUGAACAAGACACAUUUGUGGGGGUUGUACAAGACUUAACAGAAUCAAAUAAUAUGAUCAAUGCGAAUAUUAAAGUAUUGCAUGGGUUCCUAAAAAGUAAAAAUAAUUAUAUCUUAUUGCCGGCUGGGGAAAAAAUUACGGUGAAGAAAAUUGAACAGGACGCCGCUUUGUGUAAAUACGUCAACAUUGAUGACCUUUGUGACUACCUAGCCAAUGCGAAGAAUCUUCCUUUCAUAAGGAAGGUGUUAGAAGAACAAGAACAGGUGCCCAAAAAAAGUGGUGACCCUGCUGGGGGAAAUUGUAGUGAUAAUAGUGAUACCCUUUGCAGUGCCCACAAGGGACAAAACGCAUUCGAAUCUUUUAUAAACAUUUUACCCCAAAUAAUUGCAUCGUGCCCGAUCAACAAAAAUGCACAUAUAACAAACGACAUCGUAGAAAACGUCUUCUUCAAAGUCGAUGAUAACAAAAUGAAGAAUGGAUCAGUUUUGGUAAACAGCGUACCAACCAAUUCGGAAAUAAAAAAUACACCCUAUGGGGCAAUAAACACCACCUUUGCAUGUAACAAGGUGAAAGUAUUAAUAAAAGUGAAUCAAGUUAAAAUACCAUUCAUCAUAGGACGAGUGUAUCUUUUGUAUUCCCUAAACUUUUCGCAUAGCGUAACCAUUCAAAAUAUUCUCUAUGUGUAUAAAAAAAAAGGCAGUUCCUUCAGUUAUGACGGAGCAGGGGGGGAGGGUAAAGUACACGUCGAAUGUAACGCAAAUGAUGUAGCACAAAUUACUGAUUUAAAAAAUUAUGUAAAAAAUGUGAACGUGCUUUACGAAAAGGUGAAUAAUAAAAAAUGCUUACGCAGCGAUGAUAUUGGCGUCAUUGAGCUCCUCGUUAAUGAUAACUCAUUUAUGUGCACGCAGUACUUCAGGCCAGAAUUAAACUACUACAUCUCGCACGACAAUCCCUUUUUCAGCGUCUACGACCUCCUUGCAUGCAGCAUCUCGCCCCUCUCUCGCUUUAUUCUCUCUGAGGAAAACAAAAUUGUUGCCAGUGGUUUUGUCAUAGGCCAGGCGUGA